AUGAUACGUCAGAGCCUCGAGGUGGUUCCAACUGUGCUGCCGAAGUACCGGCUGGAAGAGGAUGCACGAUUGGCAGAGGAGCGGCGGCGGCGGCAGCGGCAGUCAGGACAGAAGUCAGAAGCUGCAGCAGUAGAGCAGGUCGAGCGCUACCGCAUUGUCGGCCACAGCGACAGUGCAAAGGGCACUGCCGGUGUUCGUCUAUUCUCGCUGUUGACUUCGCCGGAGUUGGGCUCACGUGUUCCACAGCGAUUGCAUGUGCUGGAGGCCCCGAAAAAGACAUGGAAGCGCGUCCGUCGGACGGUGUAUCGCGGAGUACUUCGCAGUGCAUCUGCAUUAGAUGGUGACGCUGGCGAAGAAGAUAAUAAUGAUGAUAACAUUGGCUGUGAUGAUGAUUGCGAUGGCGAUGGUGGCAAUGAGGGCGGGGCACCUCGGUUCAGCUCACUGCCACUGCCGGAGCACGAGAACAUGGCAUGUCUACUCCUCACACUCCCUGUAGCGAGAAGAGGAGCAGCAGAGCCAGUAGCAGGGGAAGCAACCGUGGCGCAGGCGAGGUGGCUAAGCGCACCGCUGCACGCCCUCCGCUACGAGCGGGUGGGGGCGCCCAAAGAGGGUCAAGGCAUUUCCACCUCUUGGUACUCUGGCAUGGACGUCCGCUCCGUCGGCUUCAAGCGCAGCUACAUCGAUGACGACGGAGCAGACGACGAUGAUCAAAUGAGCAGUCUAUCUGACGAUGCCACUCCGGUUGGACGGCAAGGACGAAAGAAACGUGGUGAAGAAACCGAAGCAAAUGCGAGUAAGAAGAAAAAAACGGAAACUAACAUCAGCAGUAGCAACAACAAAACGCCCGCCGGUGAGGUGGAUGGUGUGACGACAAAUGCCCAACAGGGCGAUGCGUCCCAAACAGCAGCUGUGGAGCCGCCGGUAUCGGUUCUUCCAUCAUCGGCACUCCGUGCGGCUGAAGAGGCCAAGAAGCCUGUCGCGACGCUUGAUUUCUCGGGGGUCGACGCGGGGAACCUCGAGAGCCUCACGGCUUCCCUCCUCCAACAGUGGGCUGCCGCUGGGAAAGCGGCUGUGCCCUUCAACGAGGUGGCGAAGACGGUGCUCAAGGCCCAUCCACAGUAUGCGGGGAUGAAGGCGAAGCACCAGUCCCCCCAGGGACGCCAAGAGGCAGUGGAGUGGUUUCGUGUCUCCCAGACGGAGGUGCGGGCGCAUAUUCUCCAUCUGGGAUACACGAUAGACAGCACGAAUAAUGUGUACCUCUUACAGCAGCAGAAAACGUGA